AUGGGUUCAGAAAAUUACACUAAAAUUGUAGAAUUUCUCCUUCUGGGCUUGUCAGAGGACCCUGAGCUGCAGUCUCUCCUCUUUGGGCUCUUCCUGUCCAUGUACCUGCUCACUGUGUGGGGGAACCUUCUCCUCAUCCUGGCCGUCAGCUCAGACUCCCACCUCCACACCCCCAUGUACUUCUUCCUCUCCAACCUGUCCUUGGUGGACAUCUGCCUCACCUCCACCACCAUCCCCAAGAUGCUGUACAACAUCUGGACACAGAGCAAAGCCAUCACUUAUGCGGGCUGCAUCACACAGAUGCAUUUCUUCCUGCUGUUUGCAUAUAUGGAUGACUAUCUCUUGACCGUGAUGGCCUAUGACCGCUAUGUGGCCAUCUGUCACCCCCUGCACUACACGGUCAUCAUGAACCCCAGGUUCUCUGGACUACUGGUUCUGGGGUGCUGGGUCAUAGGGGUCCUGAGUUCCUUGCUACAUGGCUUAAUGGUUCUGAGGCUGUCUUUCUGUAUACAUUUGGAAAUCAACCACUUUUUCUGUGAAAUCAAUCAACUGCUCCAACUGGCCUGCUCUGACACGUCCAUUAAUAACAUAUUGAUCUAUUCCACAUUAGUGUUGCUAGGUGGUGUGCCCGUCUCUGGGAUCCUCUACUCUUACUCUAAGAUUGUCUUGUCCAUUUUGAGAAUCUCCUCAACCCAGGGGAAGUCUAAAGCUUUCUCCACCUGUGCCUCUCAUCUCUCUGUGGUCUCCUUAUUUUACUGCACAGUUACUGGGGUCUACAUUAGUUCUUUGGGCACUGAGAGCUCCCACUCAAGUGCUCCAGCCUCAGUGAUGUACACUGUGGUCACCCCCAUGCUGAACCCCUUCAUCUACAGUCUCAGGAACAAAGACAUCAAGGGGGCACUGAAAAGAUUCUUCCUGAUUGCCAUGAUGAGAUGA